CAAAAUACACAAGAGCAGCCACACAAACAAGAGCAAACCACACAAACAAGAGCAGCUACACAAACAAGAGCAGCCACACACACAAGAGCAGUCACACAAACAAGAGCAGCCACACAAACAAGAGCAGCGACACAAACAAGAGCAGCCACACAAACAAGAGCAGCGACACAAACAAGAGCAGUCACACAAACAAGAGCAGCCACACAAACAAGAGCAGCGACACAAACACGAGCAGCCACACAAACAAGAGCAGCCACACAAACAAGAGCAGUCCACACAAACAAGAGCAGCCACACAAACAAGAGCAGCGACACAAACACGAGCAGCCACACAAAACAAGAGCAGCCACACAAACAAGAGCAGCACACACAAGAAACAAGAGCAGUCACACAAACAAGAGCAGCCACACAAACAAGAGCAGUCACACAAACAAGAGCAGCGACACAAACAAGAGCAGCCACACAAACAAGAGCAGUCACACAAACAAGAGCAGCGACACAAACAAGAGCAGUCACACAAACAAGAGCAGUCACACAAACAAGAGCAGCCACACAAACAAGAGCAGCGACACAAAACACGAGCAGCCACACAAAACGAGCAGCCACACAAACAAGAGCAGCCACACAAACAAGAGCAGUCACACAAACAAGAGCAGUCACACAAACAAGAGCAGCCACACAAACAAGAGCAGCCACACAAACAAGAGCAGCCACACAAACAAGAGCAGCCACACAAACAAGAGCAGUCACACAAACAAGAGCAGUCACACAAACAAGAGCAGCGACACAAACAAGAGCAGCCACACAAACAAAGAGCAGCACACAAACAAGAGCAGCCACACAAACAAGAGCAGCCACACAAACAAGAGCAGCCACACAAACAAGAGCAGCGACACAAACAAGAGCAGCCACACAAACAAGAGCAGCCACACAAACAAGAGCAGCCACACAAACAAGAGCAGCCACACAAACACGAGCAGCCACACAAACAAGAGCAGCCACACAAACAAGAGCAGCCACACAAACAAGAGCAGCCACACAAACAAGAGCAGCCACACAAACAAGAGCAGCCACACAAACAAGAGCAGCGACACAAACAAGAGCAGUCACACAAACAAGAGCAGCCACACAAACACGAGCAGCCACACAAACAAGAGCAGCCACACAAACAAGAGCAGCGACACAAACAAGAGCAGUCACACAAACAAGAGAAGCCACACAAACAAGAGCAGCCACACAAACAAGAGCAGCCACACAAACAAGAGCAGCCACACAAACAAGAGCAGCCACACAAACAAGAGCAGCCACACAAACAAGAGAAGCCACACAAACAAGAGCAGCCACACAAACAAGAGCAGCCACACAAACAAGAGCAGCCACACAAACAAGAGCAGCGACACAAACAAGAGCAGUCACACAAACAAGAGCAGCCACACAAACAAGAGCAGCGACACAAACACGAGCAGCCACACAAACACGAGCAGCCACACAAACAAGAGCAGCCACACAAACAAGAGCAGUCACACAAACAAGAGCAGCCACACAAACAAGAGCAGCGACACAAACACGAGCAGCCACACAAACAAGAGCAGCCACACAAACAAGAGCAGCCACACAAACAAGAGCAGCCACACAAGCAAGAGCAGCCACACAAACAAGAGCAGCCACACAAACAAGAGAAGCCACACAAACAAGAGAAGCCACACAAACAAGAGAAGUAA